AUGUCUAACACUAACCAUACAGUAUCAUCGGUCACAGAAUUUAUUAUCAUCGGUUUUCCUGGACUGCAGGACCAAGGGAAUAAAACCAUCUUGUUUUCUGUUUUCCUCGUUGCCUAUCUCAUCAUUGUAUUAGGAAACCUGUUAAUCAUAUUUAUAUUUGUCUAUGAUGAAUCCCUUCACACUCCCAUGUAUAUAUUAAUAUGCAAUCUGGCAGUUUUGGACAUUUGCCUAACCACAAUAACACUCCCUAAAAUGUUAGCUCUUUUCUUGUUCAAUUCCAGUUUAAUUUCAUUUAAUGCCUGUUUUACUCAGAUGUUCUUUUUUCUAGGUCUAGGAGUUGCUGAAUCCUUUCUCCUCACAGUCAUGGCUUAUGACAGAUACCUAGCAAUCUGUAAACCACUGCACUACCAUGACUUAAUGACGAACAGUCUUGCCAUUAGACAUGUUAUGUGGUGCUGGGUUGGGGGAUUUCUUGCAAUAAUCAUUCCUCUGAUUCUUGCUCUGAGGUUGCCUUUCUGUGGACCUGACAAAAUUCUACACUGUUUCUGUGAUCAUUCCUCAGUUCUCAGAUUAGCCUGUGCUAAUGUUGUCAUCAACAGCAUUCUGGGAUUGACCAUAGCAUUGAGUGUGGUCUUGAUCUCCUUGUUACUGAUCCUGCUGUCUUACAUGAUGAUCAUUAAGUCAGUGCUCGUGAUAUCAACAUCUGAAGGGAGAACCAAAGCUUUCUCCACCUGCACUUCACACCUGCUGGUCAUCUCUGUCUUCUUCCUCACUGCAGCAGGUGUCUACAUUUCCUACAGGAUUCCUGGGACAUCAGAAGAUUUGCGCAUCAUGGCAGCAGUAUUUCAGAAUGUCUUCCCUCCUCUCAUGAAUCCCAUCAUCUAUUGUCUGAGAACUAAAGAGAUCAGGGACAGUUUUGUUAAAAUUCUAAUGAAAAGAAGAGUUUUAGCCCUUUCAAUGUGA